GUACCGACUAUUAUUACUUGGACACAAGGAGGACAAAAUGUAUACGUAACGGGAACAUUCAAUGGUUGGAAGCACAAGAUCAAGCUUGUUAAAAGCACGCAGGAUUUUAGUGCGGUGCUGGAUCUGCCACCAGGGACUCAUCGGUUAAAGUUUAUUGUGGAUGAUGAAUGGAAAUGUUCCAACGAUAUGGAAACGGCAACGGAUCCGGAAGGCAAUUUGGUCAACUAUCUUCAAGUGGAAGAUGAAGAGGUGGACGGAGAUCUUUGCAACGCGACAGAAGAAGGGUCUGGAUCUGGCGCUUCUACACCAACUGAAGAAUACACAUCACGAAUCCCCGAUGAGCUGUUAGCAUUUGCCUCUACCAUGUCGUCCGCCGACAGCGUCAAUGCUGCCCAGCGCGCUGCCAUGGAAUGGGAUCGACGUCAUGCUCAACCGCCUGCGCUCCCACCGCACCUGGAAAAAGUAUUACUCAACUCCCAAGCCCUCAGUGAAGAAGACAACUCGGUUUUACCCGAGCCGAAUCAUGUCACCCUCAACCAUCUCUAUGCAUGCUCCAUCAAAGAUAAUGUCAUGGCGCUUUCCACAACCACACGAUACCGGAAAAAGGUGAGUUUCGAGAUUGAUCUGUGA